GCAGAUUUGAAAAGGUUAACAUGCACGUUGAGGAUAUAAUCUUAAAAACUUAUGUUACCUUUGUAGAAGUUGAUGAGUGUGUGCAAUUUAUCGUCUAUCAAUUGGCAUUGCUCACGUUUGCCGUAUUUCAAAACAGAAAACAAUUCGCAACCUUGCCUUGGUUGCGGUGCGUGAAACGCGAAAACAAACAAACCGAAAUUGAAGUAUAAAAGUUUGGCAUGCCGAAGAGCUCACCAUCAGUUUGGUAUCAACGAGAAUUUGAGCAAUAUGAAGAGUUUUGGAUGCAUCGCAGCUAUCGCAGUUCUAGCGAUCGUCGCUAGAGAGGCUAACUCCGCCUGCCUCUGCAGUUUUGGCGAAGGUCGCGACAUGUGCAGCGGACCAAAAUGCGCCCCGAUGGUCAUCAGACCAGCGAAGUUGCCUAAAUUGAACUUGGAGGACAUCAGCAAACCGAGAGUAGUCUGCAAGCAGGUCGGUGGAUUGCCAGCGCUCAAGCCGAUCGGUGAUCUGUGCUCCUGCAAACAAUCCAUCGUCGUCCCUGCUUUCGUACCGAAACCAGUUUGCGCUUCCUGCAAGAAACAGAGCUGCGGUUGCGGCGCUUCAUCCUCGGGUGCUUCAUCAUCUUCGUCAUCUUACGGUGGUGGCUCAUCGUACAGCGGUAGCUCUUCUUACAGCGGAGCUUCAUCUUUCAACGGUGGUUCAUCAUAUGCUGGAGGUUCUGCAGCUUCUUACUCUGCACCCGCUUACGCUCCUCAACAGGAAGAGAUCGUUUACACCGCCGCCGCUGAUCCAGUCUCUCUGAGUUUGGCGUACAAAGCUCAACAGAAAGCAUGCUCGACCAGCGAAGACAAAUUGGCUUUCGGUUUCCGCCGUUUGCCCAUCGACGGAUCAAAGGCUAAGAUUGUCAAGAACGUGCCCGAAGAGCUUUUGUACAAACUGAACGGUGAAAUUGUCGAAUUGAAACCGGUCUCCUGCAACAAAGGAAUAUCCGUCGAUGAGGAAGCCAUGGAACAAUUGGCGGCCGAGGAGUACGCCGACGAAAUCGAUACUCAGGAAUUCGGCGGUGGAAGCGUGAAACAAUUGAGCUACGGCGAAAUCGGUUUUGGCAAAGCCAACGUAGCAGCCGUUCCUUUCGUCGCCGUCGAAGGCGUCGUCCAAGCAAACCCGCAACCAAUCCAAAUGCAAGGUGGAAGCAGCAACUGCAACGACGGUUUCGUUCCCGGAAACGUGAUCAUGAAGAACACCCCACAAAGAGAGAUCUACGUUCCCGGCCCCAGAGUACCACUCGACUGUGACAGCGGCGAAGAUAUGCCGAUGCGUUUCGUCUCAAGCUACUCCAGCUCAAGCUCCUCUUCAGCUUCCUCCGCCAAUUCGGCCAACCACCAAUACUCUUACGGAUGCUCCAACUAAAUACUAGUUGAUCUCGAACUGAGCAAACCAUAAAACAACUUGUAAAAUAUAUAAAAUUGCAAAGACAAAAUUC